UUUCUCUCUCAUUCUGUGUUGUCUGCGAACAUGAAUUCCUUGAAAGUCAAGCAAGAAUAAUACUCCACACCACCACACCCUUUUUCGCUCUUGCUUUUUCGGGGAAUUAAGAGAAACAGAAAAAGUAGGUUUUGGUUUUGGUUUGGUUUUGGGUUUGGGUUUGGUCUGUAACGAUAAUGGCUAAUAAUAUUUUUAGGGAGAGGGGUGUUGGGGAGUCCAAGAGGCACACAGCAAUGAUAAUGGUGGAUGGCGCCGCCGCUAUGGAGUUUCCUAACCCGUUUGGUGAGGUGGGUAAUUCUCUUUCGGAUUCGGAUCUUCGGGAAACGGCUUACGUGAUCUUUGUCGGGGCCGGCCGGAGCUCUGGAGGGAAGCCCUUGACUUACAUCUCGCAGUCGGAGAAGACGGAGCGGGCAUCGUCGUUCUCGGGGGCACCGCCGUCUUUGCAGAGGUCGUUGACUUCGACGGCGGCGAGCAAGGUGAAGAAGGCGUUGGGGCUGAAUUCGUCGUCGAAGAGGGGUGCGGCCAAGGAGAGCUCCGCGGCUCAGGCGAAGUCGAAGAAGCCGGUGACGGUUGGGGAGUUGAUGAGGCUUCAGAUGAGGGUCUCGGAGCAGACCGAUUCGAGGAUUAGGAGAGGCUUGUUGAGGAUCGCUGCGGGGCAGCUUGGAAGACGAAUAGAAUCCAUAGUUCUGCCACUAGAGCUAUUACAGCAGUUCAAGUCAUCAGAUUUUCCGAAGCAGCCAGAAUAUGAAGCCUGGCAGAAAAGAAAUCUCAAGGUUCUGGAAGCAGGACUUGUCCUGCAUCCUUACCUGCCACUAGAUAAAACAGACACUGCUUCACAACGGCUUCGUCAGAUUAUUCGUGGGGCCUUAGAGAAGCCCAUAGAAACCGGAAAGAACAGUGAGUCAAUGCAAGUUCUCCGGAAUGCUGUGAUGUCUCUUGCAUGCAGAUCGUUUGAUGGGCAUGCUUCAGAGACAUGCCACUGGGCAGAUGGGUCUCCUUUGAAUCUCCGAAUAUACCAAAUGCUUCUAGAAGCUUGUUUUGACAUUAAUGAUGAAACAUCUAUUAUUGAAGAGGUUGAUGAUGUUUUGGAACUCAUAAAAAAGACUUGGGUGAUCCUUGGAAUGAACCAGAUGCUGCAUAAUCUUUGUUUUGCAUGGGUCUUAUUUCACCGCUAUAUUGCAACCAGCCAAGUGGAAAAUGACCUGCUGUUUGCAGUAAAUAAUCUGUUGAUGGAAGUUGAAAAAGAUGCAAAGGCAACAAAGGAUCCUGUUUACUUGAAGGCCUUGAGUUCUACAUUGAGCUCAAUAUUGGGUUGGGCAGAGAAAAGGCUUCUCACAUACCAUGAUACUUUCUGCAAUGGUGAUAUUGAUUUAAUGCAAAUUGUUGUUUCUCUGGGGGUAACAGCAGCCAAGAUAUUGGUUGAAGAUAUCUCUCAUGAGUAUCGUAGAAAGAGGAAAGAGGUUGAUGUGGCUCGUGACAGGGUUGACACAUAUAUCAGGUCAUCACUACGUGCUGCUUUUGCUCAGAGAAUGGAGAAGGUGGACUCAAUGAGGCAGUUAUCUAAAAAUCGGAAAAAUUCUCUUCCUGUCCUUUCCAUCCUUGCACAAGACAUUAGCGAACUGGCUUUUAAUGAGAAAGGGAUGUUUAGUCCAAUACUGAAGAAAUGGCACCCUCAUGCAGCAGGUGUAGCUGUGGCCACUCUUCAUGCUUGCUAUGGGAAUGAGCUGAAGCAAUUUGUUUCGAGCAUCAGUGAGUUGACACCUGAUGCUUUGCAAGUGUUGAAAUCUGCUGACAAAUUGGAGAAAGAUCUUGUGCUGAUUGCAGUUGCAGAUUCAGUGGAGAGUGAGGAUGGUGGAAAGUCAAUUAUACAGGCGAUGCCUCCUUAUGAAGCUGAAGCUGUAGUUGCCAAGCUGGUUAAGUCAUGGAUAAGAACGAGAUUGGACAUACUGAAAGAAUGGGUUGACAGGAAUCUGCAACAAGAGGUAUGGAACCCUCAGGCGAACAAAGAGCGAUUUGCUCCCUCUGCUGUUGAAGUUCUUCGAAUCAUAGACGAAACAGUGGAAGCAUUCUUUCUGUUGCCAAUACAAAUUCAUCCAGUUCUGCUUCCUGACUUAUUGACUGGUCUUGACAGAUGUCUUCAACAAUAUAUAUCCAAGGCAAAAUCUGGCUGCGGGACCCGAAGCACCUUCAUUCCCACCCUGCCUGCUUUAACCAGAUGUUCAACAGGAUCAAAAUUUGGUGCAUUUAAAAAGAAGGAAAAGCCACAUAUAGCUCAGAGGAGGAAAGCCCAGGUCGGGACUACGAAUGGGGAUGGUUCCUUUGCGAUUCCACAGCUAUGUGUCCGUAUUAAUACUUUGCAGCAUAUUCGAAAAGAGUUGCAAGUUUUGGAGAAGAGGAUAGUUACACAUCUAAGGAAUUGCGAAUCCACUCAUGUGGAGGAUAAUGCGGAUGGAUUGGGAAAAAGAUUUGAGCUUUCAGCAGCUGCUUGUCUGGAAGGGAUCCAACAGCUAUGUGAGGCAACUGCAUACAAAGUUAUCUUCCGUGAUUUGAGUCAUGUUUUUUGGGAUGGUUUAUAUGUGGGAGAAGUUUCAUCUUCUAGAAUUGAGCCUUUGCUUCAGGAGCUCGAGCAAAUUUUGGAGAUUGUCUCAACCACAGUUCAUGACAGAGUCAGAACACGUGUUAUUACUGACAUAAUGAGAGCUUCUUUUGAUGGGUUCUUGUUGGUUUUGCUUGCUGGAGGCCCUUCUCGUGCAUUCACAUUGCAAGAUUCUGAAAUAAUAGAGGAGGAUUUCAAGUUUCUUAUGGAGCUAUUCUGGGCCAAUGGGGAUGGACUGCCAACUGAAUUAAUAGAUAAGCAUUCAACCAUUGUAAAAAGUAUCCUUCUCCUUUUCCGUAGCGAUACUGAGAGCCUAAUUGGGCGAUUCAGAAGUGUAAGUCUGGAGACCUAUGGCUCUUCCGCUAAAUCCAGGCUUCCAUUGCCUCCAACUUCUGGUCAAUGGAAUCCAACUGAACCCAACACAGUCUUGAGAGUUUUGUGUUAUCGGCAUGAUGACAUGGCUGCAAAGUUUCUUAAGAAAAAUUACAACCUGCCUAAGAAACUGUAACAAUUAUGAGGUGUCAAGAAAAUGACCAGAUGAAGGUAAUUCUUAGGUGGGAACUGCUCUGGGUCAUUUUGUAGCUCACUUUUUAUUACACCAGGGAGAAGCCAGAAGCUCCUAGUAUAUAUAUAUAUAUAUUAAUUUGGGCUUCAAGAUCAAAGCUCGUCACCUUUAGGAAUAAAAUAUUGCUCCUGUAUAGUAAAAUUUACUGUUGGAUUCUUUUUGCUGAGAUGCCCUCCCCACUGUCUCACUCAGAAUAGUGUAUUUGAUCGAUGGUUUGGAAGAUUAAUAAAGCUUGGGAGUUUCUAUGCUCAAGGAAAGUGUGCAGACAUCAGUGAUCAUUUUUUCUCUUCUUCAGCCAACUACUUCAUAUCCAGUAGAAACUCUGCCCAUCAAUCUCAUUCACAAAUGUUCGUCUAACUGGGGAAAGUCUUUUUGUUGCCUAUAUAACUUCUUUUUCUGUUUUUUUGUUUUUUUAAUAUAUACUCCUUGUAUGAAAGUGAGAAAAUUGUGAAAACAGUGUUGAAUGACAUGAGAAAGGAUUGAUAAUUUUACUGUGGAGAUUCAUAAGGUGGCAUUCUGUUUCUG